AUGGACCAGGGAGAACCUACAGUCAGCGGUAGCGAGAAGACUCCAUUUCUACAAGGCAAGUCGAAGCCGGUAGCGUUCUAUCAGAGACACAAGGUCCUGGUAAUCGGCGCCGCAAUCAUGAUAUGCCUUUUGCCACUUCUGGGGCUAUUGGCCCUCAGGAACCGUCAUGCGCAUGCCAUGAACUGGACAAGUCCCAUCACAUAUCCCUCGCCACAAGGCUACGGGGCCGGGAACUGGUCAGCAUCCUACGAUAAAGCCAGAGUCAUGGUCGGCAAUAUGUCGCUCGAGGAGAUGAACAAUGUCACACUCGGCGUCCCGGACCCCAGCAAUGGCUGCGUCGGUGUCAGCGGUGGCGCACCAAGACUUGGCUUCCCCGGAUUCUGCCUGCAUGACGCUGGUAAUGGUGUCCGCAAUACCGAUGGCGUGAGUGGCUUCGCUUCCGGAAUACACAUUGGAGCUUCGUGGAACGCCACAUUGGCGUACGAGAGAGCGGUUUUCAUGGGCGCGGAGUUCAAGCGAAAGGGCGUGAAUGUUGCGCUUGGUCCUGUGGUGGGACCGAUUGGACGGGUAGCAGAGGGUGGACGGAAUUGGGAGGGUAUGGGUGCCGAUCCGUAUCUGAAUGGUAUUCUGGGAGCACAGAGUGUCUUGGGGUUACAGGAGAGCGUCAUUGCUUCGGUCAAACAUUUCGUCGGUAAUGAACAAGAGACGAAUCGCAAUCCAAUCUCCAACAAUGGCGACACCAUUCUCAGCCAAAGUGCCAAUCUUGACGAUCAGACGAUGCAUGAGAUGUACCUUUGGCCAUUUCAAGAGCUUCUUCGUGUAGGCGCAGGCUGCGUAAUGUGUAGCUACAACAGAAUCAAUAGCACAUACGCAUGCGAGAACAGUAAAGCUAUGAAUGGCUUCCUGAAAGGAGAGAUGAAUUUCCAGGGCUUCGUGGUCUCGGACUGGGCGGGUCAACAUAGUGGAGUUCCGUCAGCUAAUGCAGGCCUUGAUAUGGCCAUGCCUACGACAACUUACUGGAACGAACGGCAACUCGAGAAUGCAGUCAAUAGUGGCGCUGUGAACAAGACACGGCUAAUAGAUAUGGCUACGCGAAUCAUCGCCACUUGGUACCACUUCGGACAGGAUCAGGCUCUGCCUCUUGGUGGUGGUCUGCCGGCUAAUCUGCUCAUGCCACAUAACUAUACUGAGGCGAAAGAUCCAGCAUCUCGAUCAUCCUUAUUGCAGCAGGCCAUCGAAGGGCACGUCCUCGUCAAGAACAUACGAGGCGCCUUGCCGCUCAAGCAGAUGAAAGUCAUCUCGAUUUUUGGCAGCGACGCUGUGCAACAAACCUCCUUCGUACCGAACGGAGGCCUAUUCCCGCAAAACUGGGAGGCGAUUACCCUGCAAGGACCCAUGCUCAAUGAGAUUGCUUCAAACUCACCAUUGAGCAGCCCACCCGGUACCAUGAAUGGCACGCUUGUGGUUGGUGGCGGUUCUGGUUCAAACACACCGCCAUAUAUUAGCACACCGUUUGACGCCAUACAAGCGCGGACAUACGAGAAUGGAACAGCAAUCUUCUUCGACUCUGCGUCUACAGACCCUGCUGUAGUCAGUAGCUCAGAAGCCUGCUUGGUCUUCAUCAACGAGUACAGCUCCGAAGUUUGGGAUCGUCCCAGUCUAGCAGACGAGGACAGCGACACGCUUGUCAGCAACGUGGCAGCGAAGUGCAACAACACCAUCGUCGCCGUUCACAAUGCGGGUAUACGCUUGGUCGACGCGUGGAUUGACAAUCCGAACGUCACAGCCGUGCUCUUCGCACAUCUACCUGGUCAAGAUGCUGGCCGAGCCUUGGCUCAGAUCCUGUACGGCGAUGUUAGCCCCUCUGGUCGUCUGCCCUACACAGUAGCGAAGCAAGCAUCGGACUACGGCAACCUGCUCGGCCCAUGCCAAGCACACGGCUCGAAGUCGCCACGAUGCGACUUCAUCGAAGGCACGAACAUUGACUAUCGUGCCUUUCUCGCCCGCAACAUCACACCACGCUACGAGUUCGGCUAUGGUCUGACAUACACGACCUUUGUGUACACCAACUUGCAAUUUAAUGUCAAUGCGACUGCCACGCCCGACGAUGCUGUCUUUCCGGUCUGGACGAACGGCACAACAGACCAAAACAGCAAUAAUCCCGCCAUCGGCUCGGGUGGUCUACAGUCGUUAUUCGAUAGCGUGGGCAUAGUAACAGCAAGCGUCACAAAUACUGGCAACAUGGCUGCAGCAGAAGUGGCACAGCUGUACUUGCAGAUACCCGCCUCCACCAGCAAUUCGUCCAACCCUCGCACGAGAGUGCUGAGAGGGUUUGAGAAAAUUAUGAUCGAACCGAAUUCUACCGAGCAGGUGACUUUCGAUUUGCGGAUGAAGGAUGUGAGUUACUGGAAUGUCACCAGGCAGGCAUGGAUCGUGCCAAUAGGAGAGUUCAAGGUGUUUGUCGGCAAGAGUGUACUGGACUUGCCGCUGAAUGGGACUUUUAGCACACAGACAUAG